UGGCUUCGUCAGUUCAGUUCAGGUUAGUUCGUGGAUGGAAACGCGAGUGUUUUUCGCUUAGCUCCGCACCUGGCUGCCAGUAGUGCAAUCGAAUACGCGUGUGUGUUGGUGUUGUGUUUUCUCUGCGCCUACUCUGUUGCUAUUCGCAUUCUUUCACACAACCGUUCGAUCUCUUUGUGGAACAGACGAAUGCGGAGGGGAAGGAAGAAGAGACAGGCGAUAAGAAGAGAAAAAAAAUAUUGUUCGGUCAGUGCAACAAUAAUGUUUUCGUUAAUUCUGCCUAUUUAGCUAUUGUUGAUCAAAACUAAAUCGUGUCCUGUUUGGAGGUGAGGAUUGGAGCCGUGCUUUCGUGUGUAAAAAGGCUCCGAUUAAUUGAUGAAUGGCGGUUAAAAUCCGACCCAAAAAUGAAUCCGAGUGGUGAUUUGCGUGCGUGAAUCAUAACAAAAGUGGCAGAAAAAUUCCAUUGAAGUGUGUGGAUCUCAAAUCACAGGAGGCUGUUGGCUGCUUGCUGCUGAUGCCUGUUGAGUUUCUUUUUCUUCUGCUGUUGGUGUUGUUGUUGCUGAUGCUGUAGGUGUUGAAAGGCUGCUAUGUUUUUUUGGUGAUGACGUUUUCGUGUUAAAAUAACCGAAAAGUUAAGAAGUCGAUACUGGGCUGCUGGGAUGUGAUUCAAUGGUUCUCGCAUUCCGAUGCACAUUCAUUGAGAGAAUCGUUAUGUGCACGUAGACGGGGGUGAAUAUCCAGAUUAAAUCAAACUUUACACAGAAAGUUUGAGUUUGCCUGAUAAAAAACAACUAGUGCAGUUACCUUGCAUUGCACCCUGUUGCACCGUAGACAGCAGAAAUAUCGAUAAAUAAAAAAAAAAAGAAUAGCUUCGUGACUGCAUUCGGGCCAAAGUAUGGUCCGCAAUGAAUGUGAGUGAGAGAAAAUGUAUUGAUUGAAGAGUAACCUCCAGUUAGUGUUAGUCCACGAGUGUCGGCCGAGAAAUGGAAGGAAACGGUAAAGUGAUGGCGUAAAUAAAUUCAGGAAAAAUCACAAGAUAAGAUAAGCAACAUUUGCUUAGACCAUCAUUCACAUUUGAGGGCCUCCGAUGAGUUAGUUGUGUGUCGCGUUGCAUGUGUGUAAAAAAUUGGUGAGAAGUCGAAGAAAAAUCACUCUCCAAAGUGUAAGUGUGUGACGACAUAUACGGAAUAGAACCGAACCGGCCUCGAUAUGGUGAUAGGCAAGCUGCAACCGCUGGAGUUUACGGACUGUCUGCUGGACAGUCCGGAAUUCCGAGAAAAUCUGAAUCAGCACGAGAAGGAGCUGGAGAAGACCAGUCAGCAAAUCAAACGGAUUAUCAAAGAAGUGAAGGACCUGCUGGCAGCUGCUAAAAAUCUGUCCCGGGCGCAGCGAACUCUGUCCAAGAGUCUCAACGAAUUCAACUUCGAGUGCAUCGGAUCGACGCAAACCGACGAUGAACAGGUGAUAGCAGAUAGCCUUAAGCAGUUUAGUAAGCUCAUAUCGGCGAUUGAAGAAGAACGCGAUCAUAUGCUUGACCGAGCGCACGACCAGAUCGUGGGGCCUCUGGAGGAGUUUCGCAAGUGUCAUAUAGGGGGCGUGAAGGAGAACAAGAAGAAGUACGAUAAGAAGACGGCCAAGUUUUGCCAGGCGCAAGAAAGGUUCCUCAACAUGUCCUCCAAAAAGCCGGGAACUGCAGUCGUGGAGGCGGAUGCAUCAUUAGGAAUGCUAGAAAGGGAAUACCUGCAGGAAUCCCUCAGUUAUGUUCUGGGAAUUCAGGAAGUACAGGAAAGGAUAAAGUUCGAGUUUGUGGAAAUUAUUUUAAGAUUCAUAUCCGAUUGGCUAGUAUUUUACCACCUUGGCCAUGAAGUAGCAGAAGAUGCCAAAGACUAUCUAUCAGAACUCCAACUUAAAGUUCAAAAGGGCAACGAAAACGUGUAUAUUAUCUUCCGUAGGGUGUAUCUACAAGGGAAAACUUUUGAUGAAAACGUAGGCAGAAGGCGCAAGGAACUAAAACACAGAUACAUGGAGAGUAAAAUGAAACCAGAGAGUGAAUUCACCAAGCAGGGCUAUUUAUUUCUUAUGGAAAAAAAGGCAUUCACUGCAACAUGGUCCAAAUAUUACUGUACGUACAAAAAGCAGAACAAAAAGUUCUCAAUGCUUCAAUUCAACCAAAUGUCAGGUCGAUCGUCGUCGACCGAGGUGUUAACGUUGGCAUCGUGCACGCGAAGAUUGUCCGAGUUUGAAAAGCGAUACUGCUUCGACUUGAUCUUCGACGAACGGCCUGCCAUCACGUAUACGUUUCAAGCCUUGAGUGAAGAAGACCGCAAAGCAUGGCUAAACGCAAUGGAUGGCAAAGAACCGGUAGGAGCACCUAUCCAAUACCGUCGACGCAUCCACAACGAAGAUGGUAAUCUAGAUGAAGUUGGUUUCGCCUUUGUGCGGAAAUGUAUAGAAGUACUAGAACGACGGGGGCUGGAGGAAGAGGGUCUGUACCGCAUAGGCGGAGUGAGUACAAAGAUAACGAAGUUAUUGAACAUGGGACUAGACAGAAAAAAGACUGAACAGGAUAGAUUGAUGUUUUUCAAUGAUGAGCAAAGCUCGGAUGUGUUAGAAAGUAAGACGAUAGCGAGCGCACUGAAACACUAUUUAAGGAACCUAAACGAACCGUUAAUGACAUUUCGGUUGCACCAUUCGUUCAUAGCCUCGGCAAAGCAAGAAACACGAACACAGCGAAUAAACGACGUUCACACGUUGAUCCACAGGUUACCUAAGAAUCACCUCGAAAUGCUGGAUAUCGUCAUCAGGCAUUUGAAAUCCGUUUCCCUAAAGUCGGACAAGAACAAGAUGUCGGUGUUUAACCUAGGAGUAGUAUUCGGACCAACACUGCUGCGUGCGGCAGAGGAAACUGUUGGCAUAUUAGAUAUCAAGUUCAACAACGUUGUGAUAGAGAUGCUGAUCGAAAAUUAUGAUAAAAUCUUCAAAACGCAACCCGGGAAGAGUUCGGAUUAUUUACCGCAUACCAAUACGAGCCCACCGGUAGCAAUGCCACGAUCUUACGGAAGAAUCGAUGGGGGUGGCGGCGGAGGAGGAGGAGGAGGUGGCGGAGGAAGUUACGUGAAAGAACGCGGUUCAACCUACUCGCAACCUGUGGUGCGUGUAGUCGCCAAAUCCAACUACACCGAACCCGUAAUGUCCUCUAGCCUUCAGAACAUUUCCAAUGGAUUAUCUCUGUACAGUAAAGGAACUAAUCACUAUCCCACCUAUGAAGCAAAACCUAAGAUCAUCACUUCGAUGAACAACUCGACGCCAUUCCUGUUGCGGGACACAACCCUGUCGCCUCGUGAAAUAAGUAUAGAUACCCGGGAAACGACUUAUCUUAAAUCAGCACCAUCUACUAUCACGAUUAGUAGUCACAACAGUCCUCCUCCUCCUAGUCACAAUCAUCAUCUGGUACGACAGGACGGCGGUGGAGGAGGAAGCAGUCAGAUAUAUCAGAGCGCCUAUCAGUCCCAUCUGCUACACAAUCGUGGGGAGCCGAUGUCUAUGGUUCGGGGUGGCAGUGCCGGCUCGGAUACCAUCUACGGAACUACCACGUCCAUGCACAAAAUGGGUCAUUCGAAUCCGAUGACCAGCAGCGAUUCUAAUCUAACAAGCACUAGGAAAGACCUCUCCAUAUACGAUCGAAUAAAUUCCACUAGCAGUUCAAACGAAUCGGUGUGUUCCUCAUCUAGUCGUGAUUUAAAUCAUUCAUACGGAGGAAGCACUCGAGUUAUGCCCAGCUGGGAGUAUGGCACGGGGAACGGAAGUAUCGGUGUAGUCAGCAGUGCACUCAGCAAGUUUUCCAUUCGGGACGAUUCUAGUCAAGGUUAUAUCCCGAAGAAGACGCAACGCACGAAAGGUCUCACCCGCCAUACCAAACUAGUGACGCCUAGGGAUAAUCUUCGGGUGAGGACGUUAUAUGCAUGCUUAGCGGAAAAUGACGGAGAACUCUCAUUUGAACCAAAUCAAAUAAUUACCAAUGUGAAACGUUCCAACGAACCAGGCUGGCUGGAAGGCACUCUCAACGGGAAGUCAGGUUUGAUUCCAGAAAACUACGUAGAAGUACUAAAGUAAUCCGAAAGACAGCUGUUUACCACAAAAUCCACCAAAUAACAAACAUGUGAGCCUACAAUCGUCAGAAUCGAAUUGUUUGUUCAACACAGAAACGUACCAUAUAUUGUGUAGUUUAUCGAUUAAGUGUUAACUGUAAAAAAUGAAACUAAAAAGGAGAGUUCGGUGAACUGCAUUCUAGGAAUUUCCAUUCGCCUUGCAUCUGGAGAUAGUUCGGGUGGAUCGUGGAAAUUCCUUCUACUUGAGUCAGUAGGGAAAAUAUCAGGAUAUCAUAAUCACAAUCCCGAAAAAUUACAAAAGAUCUUUGUGUAUUUUACUGAAGGAUUUUUCACACGUAUGUUUAUUUUUGAAAAAUUUACUCAGAACUAAAACGGAAUGGCGAUAAACCACUAAGACUACAAACUACUAACAAUGGAUCCAUUUAUGUCAUUUUACCACCAGACAAGGUUAAAAACCAUUUUCAAGAGAAAUACAAACAAAAUCAAGGCUGUUAUCUAAAACAAGUAGCAUUGGCACAAUGAAAAUCACAAAUUUGCUAAACUUUUUAUUGAUUUUAUCGCUGAAGUAAUUUUAGAAGUAGAUGGAUUUUGAGCAAAGCUAGCUGACCUAUUGUUCCGUACUUAAUAACAAAUAAAUGACCGAAGUAGCAGAUCGUUACGGUAGAGUCAACUAUUCAAUCAGGCACUAAAGAACCGAAUGCAAGUUAUUCUAAUAGACAACAUCGAAAGACCUAGCGGCGAUGAGUGAUGUGUUCCGAACGCAUAGCAGAGUAGCGUAACGUAAAAACAAACAGGAUCACAAUAACAAACAUAAAACACCAAUAUAAUUGAGAUAAUGCAAAUAUCUAUAUUGAACAAUAUAAAGCAUAAACUUUGUACAUGUGGAAGAUGUAUAAGAAUGGUUAAACGAUAAAUAGCACAUUGUGUAACUUUACAAAACAAACAUCAUUCAUCGUGGCCGUACAUCACCUGAAUCUUCUAUAAAACCGCAAAACUUUCGUCACCAUCCGCGUGUACUUUAGACGCACCACAUCGAACUGGGGCGAACAAUCGUUGUCGGGAAAUACAUUAUCGUUGCACCGUCCACGUCUUGCAGUUGCUUGUUUAAAAUCUAAAAAAAAAGCUAGAUAGUCGCUUUACACUCAUUCACAUGUAAGCAUUCGAUGUUUUUUUCAUUUUUUUUUUUUAUUAUUUUCAGUUAAGUAGGUAUGAACCGAAAAGAUUUUUAAUUGAUUUCGGUCGACAAAUUAUCAUGCUCUUUGAAGUGAUCCGUUAUUCUCAAAAACUCGUAUACGUUAUUUAGACUCUUUAUGUGCAUUUAUCUGAUGCUUUUUAUAGAUGAAUUGCAUAUUUUUGCUUUUCUUCGCGAAAUAGGCUCCAUUGAUAAACACUAUCCAAACACAUUUGCCUAGGUACCUAUCUAUCUGUGAUCAUGCACUUUAUCUUGAUGAUCAGCAUCAACUCUCAUUUCAACCUACUUUCUAAUGUCGAAACCGGUGAAGAACGUCUCCGUUAUGUAUCCGCAUUGUAAUGCGUGUUGCUGCGUGUGCAUGUAAUCGUGCCUCUACAACUCCGUUGGCAAACGACGGUUAAUCGCACGCUCAAGUGUCUUAUCCAUGCAACUCAACAACGUAAUCGGUUCAUAUCCCUCGUCGGCGUCUUAUGCUUCUCAGGUUUGGGUUUAUAGUGUCCAAAAGAGCUAAAAUGUCGACAGUAGGAUGAGCCCUGAGUAUACUGACCAAAUGUCACGUCCAAGGGCCCAUGUAAGCUCGUUUAAGUCGAACGUCUAUGUUAUUGUAUGAUUCAAGACUACAUCGACUUUGUCAGCGAAGCCGAACUCCGCUUCGGCCAACAAUUCCGCUUGCAGGAAGUUUGCAUUGAAACAGUGGUUCGCUGACACCUUGGCGAAGUGCUCAGCAAAUGUCUUUAGUUUUACAAAGGCGAAAUCGAAGCAAUGCCGAUAUUUAACAACCUGAAGAACUUGAUUUUCUACAUGAAUUAACGUUAUAAGUUGUUAGUCACUCAAAUUGGCUGGACGCGUUUUUACUCCAUACCCUCCCAAUAGGUUAUGGGUCUCCAUAGAAACCUGCCAAACAAAGUGAGAAUUUCUUCUUCGCUGUGCGUAAGUUAGUCGCGUUUGGAAGUUUUUCGCCAUUUUUCCGAAGCAAAGGAUGACGUCGCCGGAAAAAUUGGGCGUAAACCGAUUGAACGGAAGCAACUAUUCUUGCCGGAAAUUCAAGGUCGAGCUACUACUGGUU